UCAAAACAUUAUGCAAGCAUGCUUGCUUACUAAAUGCAAAACGCUGUAUAUUGUAGAUGAUACAGAGUAAUAUACUCUCAAAAUCUGUCUGUUAGCUCAAAUGGAAAAUACAUUUAUCCAAAGGAAGAAACAAUGUCUAAACAACAUAACUUAGAUGUCAGCAAGAAAGGAGGACAUCUCACAUAUUGUUUCUGCCAUAAACAACUCAGCCUAUUAUUUCACCACCAGCUCCUGUUCUGGAAGGAUUCUUCUCAUAGAUGGGCACUCUUUGGCAAUAAACUCUGGCUUUAGAAACUCUGGAUUGACUGUAGACAAGAAGGGCAAAAUCAUAACGGCAGUCCGAAGUACCCAUGGUCUGGUGGUUCCAUUGAGCCACAAAGGACAGGUCCUGGUGAAGGAGGACUACAUCUACUUCCUGGUGGAAGUAGCCAAUCAGAAAAUGGAGGAAAAUGUCAAACAAAUUGAGAGGUUCUACGAGUGGCUACAGUCUGCUUUGCAACCAGCUGAACUUCAAAGCCCAAGUAGACAGGAGACGGAGGAGAAAUCUGUUUACAAGCAACGGAGGAAAAGAGGACAGACAAACGUUUAAACAGACACUCAGACAGACGCCUGCCAAGACAACAGAGACAUUAAUCCAGUUGAGCUUGAGGACUGCUUGGGCAGUGGGCUGGAUCUGUUCACAUAGACAAAUCAAAUCAAAUACAUUUGUAUUUGUCACGUGCUUAGUCAACAACGGGUGUAGACACGACAGUGAAAUGCUUACUUACGGGCCCUUCCCAACAAUGCAGAGAGGGAGAGAAAAUAGAGAAAUAAUAGAAAAGUAAUAAUUCAAGCAAUAAUAAAUACAUAAUGAGUAAUGAUAUCUUGGCCAUAUACACUGGAUACCAGUCCCAAGUCGAUGUGCAGGGGUACGAGGUAAUUGAGGUAGAUAAGUACAUAUACAGUGCAUUCGGAAAGUAUUCAGACCCCUUGACUUUUUCCACAUUUUGUUACAUUACAGCCUUAUUCUAAAAUGGAUUCAAUUGUUUUUCCCCCAUCAUCAAUCUUUUUUUUAAAUUUGAUUUAUUUCACCUUUAUUUAACCAGGUAGGCAAGUUGAGAACAAGUUCUCCUUUACAAUUGCGGCCUGGCCAAGAUAAAGCAAAGCAGUUUGAAACGUACAACAACACAGAGUUACACAUGGAGUAAAACAAACACAGUCAAUAAUGCAGUAGAAAAAUAAGUCUAUAUACAAUGUGAGAAAGUGAGGUGAGAUAAGGGAGGUAAAGGCAAAAAAGGCCAUGGUGGCGAAGUAAAUACAAUAUAGCAAGUAAAACACUGGAAUGGUUGAUUUGUAGUGGAAGAAUGUGCAAAGUAGAGAUAGAAAUAACAGGGAUUAUUUUGCGACAUUGCUUAUGUUUAGUAAACCUACAGUACCAGUCAAAAGUGGAAUUGUAUGGAAUCAUGUAGUAACCAAAAAAGUGAUAAACAAAUCAAAAUAUAUUCUUCAAAGUAGCCACCCAUUGCAUUGAUGACAGCUUUGCACACUCCUGGCAUUCUCUGAACCAGCUUAAUGAGGAAUGCAUUUCAAUUAACAGGUGUGCCUUGUUAAAGUUCAUUUGUGGAAUUUAUUUCCUUUUUAAUGCGUUUAAGCCAGUCAGUUGUGUUGUGAGAAGGUAGGGCUGGUAUACAGAAGAUAGCCCUAUCUGGUAAAAGCCCUACUUGGUCCAUAUUAUGGCAAGAACAGCUUAAAUAAGCAAAGAGAAACGACAGUCCAUCAUUACUUUAAGACAUGACGGUUGGUCAAUUUCAUGAACUUUCUUCAAGUGCAGUCGCAAAAAAAAGUGCUGUGAUGAAACUGUCUCUCAUGAGGACCGCCACAGGAAAGGAAGACCGAGAGUUACCUCUGCUGCAGAGGAUACGUUCGUAAGAGUUACCAGCCUCAGAUUUCAGCCCAAAUAAAUGCUUCACAGAGUUAAAGUAACAGACACAUUUCAACAUCAACUGUUCAGAGCAUACUGUGUGAAUCAGGUCUUCAUGGUUGAAUUGAUGCAAAGAAACCACAACUAAAGGACACCAAUAAUAAGAAGAGACGUGAAGGCCUGAAAUACGAGCAAUGGACAUUAGACCGGUGGAAAUCUGUGUUUGCCUGAUGAGUCCACAUGUUAGACUUUUGGUUCCAACCGCCAUGUCUUUGUGAGACGCAGAGUAGGUGAACGGAUGAUCUCUGCAAGUGUGGUUCCCACCAUGAAGCAUGAAGGAGGAGGUGUGAUUGUGUGGGGGUGCUUUACUGGUGACGCUGUUUGUGAUUUAUUUAGAAUUCAAGGCACACUUAACCAGCAUGGCUACCACAGCAUUCUACAUCGAUACACCAUCCCAUCUGGUUUGCACUUAGUGUGACUAUAAUUUGUUUUUCAACCGGACAAUGACCCAACACACCUCCAGGAUGUGUAAUGAUUAUUUGACCAAGAAGGAGAAUGAUGGAGUGCUGUAUCAGAUAACCUGGCCUCCACAAUCACCCAACCUCAACCCAAUUGAGAUGGUUUGGGAUGAGUUGGACCGCAGACUGAAGGAAAAGCAGCCAACAAGUACUCAGCAUAUGUGGGAACUCUUUCAAGACUGUUGGGAAGGAAUUCCAGCUGAAGCUGGUUGAGAGAAUGCCAGGAGUGUGCAAAGCUGUCAUAAAAGUAAAGGGUGGCUACUUUGAAGAAUCUCAAAUAUAUUUGGAUUUGUUUGACACUUUUUUGGGUUACUACAUGAUUCUAUAUGUGUUAUUUUAUAUAUCUGAUGUCUUCACUAUUAUUCUACAAUGUAGAAAAUAGUAAAAAUAAAGAAAAGCCCUUCAAUGGGUAGGUGUGUCCAAACCUUUGACUGGUAUUAUAAGUAUUCAGACCCUUUACUCAGUACUUUGUUGAAGCACCU